AAACUGAACUUUCUUGUUGAUACACAGGGACUAUUAGGUGAAAAAUACGGGAACAUCCGAAUCCCCGGAGAAGUUGAAGCCUCAGAGUUUGAAAUGAUUUUGGAUGCUGCCAUAGAGGCGAAGCUAGAGACGAAGUUACUGGAAGAGUGGUACUGUCGCGAUGAGAACUCAGUGCCAGCAGCGUAUUACCUCAGACCCAAAUCGGAAAUGCUGAAAAGCAAUAAAAAUACAAUGCAGCCUUCUGCCAAUGCUGAGAAUGAGAAGACCUGGCAAGAGAUAUCCGAUGAGAUCAAGAAAGUAUUUAAGGCUGCUGUAAAACUGUUACAUGAAAAGGGGAAAAUGAAACACAACCAAGCUAAGAGGUACCUGUUCUCAGCUAUAGAGGAUGAAUUUGACUUUGCUCUAGGAAAGCAGACUCCAGCAUUCCUCAAGAAGUGUGUGUGCUACAUUAGAAAAAUUGCUAACAUUGAGCGUUUUGUGAAAAUCCCAGAGAUGGGAAAAUACAUGGACAUAACUGGAACAGAACCAAGGAUUAUUCGGGACCCAGAAGCCCAAGAGAAGCUGAUAAAACUCAGGGAUGAAUUUAUUCCUACUAUUGUUGCAUCAUCUAAUCUGAGAGUGUACACAUCUGUUACUCAUUGUGACAUGAAACUAGGCUAUUCCCAAGAAAUAGAAAAUCAUUACAUAGAAGGGCUUGGUAAACAAUUUUAUGAGGACAUGAUUGACAUAAUUCAGGCAACGGUACAACAGAAUUUUGACACUGAGACUGAUACGCUCUAUGAUGAAAUCCUUCAGCAUUCGUCAUUGUGUAAAACGUAUGCCUCCUUCUAUGAGUACAAAUGCGAAGCUCUAAACAUCGUGCGUAAAUACAUUCUUCCAAGUAAAACCGGGCACAUCAACCCUCUUAUUAUAUAUGGCGGACCAUGCACUGGGAAGACCCUUCUACUCGCUGAAGUAGCAAAGAAGGCUUAUGGCUGGCUACAUGAAGACACAGGACCAGAAUCUGACCCAGUAGUAGUUGUGAGAUUUCUAGGAAGCACAGACAUGAGUACUGACCUUAAGACUCUCCUUCUCAGUGUUUGUGAACAAUUGGCAAUUAAUUACCGGUGUCUGGUUCAAAGCUACCCUAAGAAGAUCCACGACCUCCGUGACUUAUUUAUAAACCUUUUGAAUGAGUCUUCAUUGCAGAGACCUCUAGUAAUAAUAUUCGACGCCCUAGAGCAGCUCUCAGAGAGUGACGAGGCCAGGAAGCUUUGGUGGCUCCCAGCUCACCUUCCGCGCUUCGUACGGAUAGUCCUCUCCACACUGCCCAACAAACAUGGGAUCCUGCAGAAACUAAGGUGCCUUAUCCACGAAGAAGACAACUACAUUGAGCUGAUUCCCCGGGACAGGAAGAUGUGCAGCCAGGUCCUCAAACACCAGCUGCUGCGGGUCAAAAGGAAGGUCACAUCAGGCCAGCAGAUUUAUGUGAACAACGCGUUCUCCAAGUGCACACUGCCCAUGUUUGUGAACCUGACCUUCAGGGAAGUGAGACACUGGAGAUCUCACAAAGAUGUCGAUGAGUCCUCGCUCUGUGUCACCGUUCAUGAAAGUAUAGAGCAGCUAUUCUGGUCCUUGGAGAAGAAGUGUGGUCAGAAACUAGUCUCCAGGGCUCUUGGUUACAUCACCAUGGCCAAAAUGGGUUUGAGUGAAAUGGAACUGGAGGACGUGUUGGCCCUAGACAACAGUGUUAUGAAUGAGCUCAGUGAGAAUGCCAGGCCAAGCAAUCCCCUGAGAGUACCUUAUGUGUACAUCGCAAGGCUCAAGGAGGGUCUCAGCGGAUACUUAAUAGAAAGACACGUGAAGAAUGUCACUCUUCUGGUCUGGGCCAACAGACACCUGCAGCUCAUAGCCCAUAAGCUGUAUCUGCAGGACAACAGUGACCUGCGGGAAAUGCACACCAUCCUCGCAGAUUAUUUCCUGGGGGUCUGGUCAGGGGGCAGGAGGAAAGCUUUCUGCCUUGAAGACCCCUACUUGAAUGACUGUCUUGACUUGGAGAGCAGAAGUCUGCUUGAGGAAGAAAAGCACUUCAUGGAACAGGCUUCCUUUGACAGGCAGGCCCCAGACCAGCCGUGGGUUUUCCAGUGUAAUCCACUGGAACCUGACAUCUUUUUCGUCAAUCAUCGGAAGAUGUCUGAGCUCUUGCACCACCUGACGAGGUGUGGUAAAACCGAUGACUUGCUUUAUGGCAUCAUCAUGAACUUCAGCUGGCUUUACACCAUGAUCAAAAUCGGCCAGUUCGAUAAAGUGCUUUCAGACAUCGAGCUGGCUUACAACUGCUCGCAAGAGAAGGAGCUGAAGUUCCUGGCAAGCACCCUCCGAGGCAUCAAAAACAAGAUCAUUGCAUUUCCUGGCUCCCUUUCAGCAGAGCUCCAGCAAAGACUUCUGCCUGUUGUAAGUUCCCUGCCCAAACUUAGACACCUUCUUUUGGAGUGUGACAAAGACGGGCCCAAAUAUUGCUCCAUUGUGCCAUUACAUUCAUCCAUGGACGUGACAUAUAGCCCGGAGCGUCUUCCCUUGUCAUCUAGUCACCUGCAUGUCACCGAGAUUCUGCCUACCAGUAACCCCAGUACUGUCCUGACAGCUUUAGAAAAUGGGUCCAUCAGCACGUGGGAUGUGGAAACUCGUCAGCUACUCAGGCAAAUCACAACAGCCCAGUCCGUCAUCCUGGGCAUGAAGCUCACCAGUGACGAAAAGUAUCUUGUGGUGGCUACGACAAAUAACACCUUGUUGAUUUAUGACAAUGUCAAUUCUUGUCUCCUGUCUGAGGUGGAAAUCAAAGGGACCAAGCAUGGAAGCAGCUCCACCUACAUCAAUGGAUUUACAGUCUCCGUCAGCCACACCCUUGCAUGGCUUGAAGCCAGCAAAGAUGUCACUGUCAUCGAUCUGCUCUACGGAUGGCCCUUGUACCAGUUCCACUGCUGGUAUGAAGUGACCUGUGUCCAGUGCUCCCUGGAUGGCGUCUAUGCUUUCUGUGGACAGUACCUGAAUACUACCACCAUAUUUCAUUUAGGGAGUGGAGAAAAGUUAUGUACGGUGACAUCUGAAUUUUCAGGUGGGUUUGUGAAGUUUCUUCUUAUCUUGGACACAGCCCAAGAAAUGGUAAUGGUAGAUAGUGAGGGAAGCCUUUCUGUUUGGAAUACUGAGGACAUUACCAACCCCCAGCUAACUGAUGACUUUGACUGCCGCAGAGAAGACAGCGAGGUGGUCAGCAUUGAACUUUCAGAGGACCAAAGUGCCAUUCUGAUCUGUAAAGCCCUCAGCAUUGAGCUCUUAGAUACUGGCAUGUGGAAGGUGGCUGAAAAGUUCAGAGCUAAGCACAACGAACGCUUUAUAUCUGCCGUGCUGUCCAAAAAUGGAGACUGCAUCAUCGCAACCAUGGAAAAUACCUCAGCCGUGUUUUUUUGGAGGCGGGACACAGGACAAUGUAUGGCGAGCUUACAGGAAAUCUCAGGUACCAUAGUUAAGCUGGUGAAAUCUAGUCACCACAACAUGCUGCUAUCUUUAUCAACCAGUGGUGUUCUUUCUAUUUGGGACAUAGAUAUAAUCACAGCUAUGUCCAACAUAGAUAAGACUGGAAAACCCAUCCAGAGUCUGAUGUUACCUGCCAGAGGGGAAAUCAUUUACUCCCUUGAUGGCUCUGAUUGUGUUCAUAAGUGGAACUUCAGCAGUGGGUUCAUUGAAGCAGUAUUUAAGCAUGAAGGAAUAGUUGAACACUGCGUGUUGACAUCCUCUGGGGACAUAAUGGUGACAUCAGAUGACAAAAGCAGCCAGUAUGUCUGGCACACCAGCAGUGGUGAAAACCUCUUCCGAAUUAAUGGGCAGAGAAUAUCUCAGCUGCUAAUUACCCACAAUGACCAGUUUGUGGUCUCUCUCUGUGAAGAGAAUGCCUCCAGGGUUUGGAGGCUGGCCACAGGCCACAGGGUCUGCAACAUUCUGACCACUUUGCAGAACGCCUUUAUAACCUCUGCAAAUACCUUCGUGGUGGGAAUGACCAAAAGCAAAGUGCUGGCAGUCAGUCUUUGGACUGGAAGUAUCACCAAGAAAUUUUGCUGUGAAGAUGGCACCACCAUUGUGAGUUUUAAAUUGAUCCCCGACUGUCCUGACAUCAUUGUAUUUAUCACAUCUGCCGAGACGGUGAAUAUUUGGAGUCUGACAGAUGAAGUGAUCUGUCGCCGUGUGCAACUUCCAAACAACUUCUUGAAAAAUCUAGAGGAUUUUGAAAUUUCUCCCAAUGGAAAGCUAGGCAUUAUAUCCAGGGGAGAUGAAAAUAUCAACGUGCUGGAUUUACACAGCGGUAAAUUACGGGUGGUUCACGCCUCUGGGGUCAUCUGGCGGCAGAGGUUGUCUCGAGAUGGUCGCUACCUGGUGUACAUCUGUUUCCGAAACGGGGAGGAAGAGGAUGAAAAUGGUGUGAUAUCCAGGUUAAUCGUAAUGAGACUGGCCGACGGCAAAAAUAUCGGUGCUUGUUCCCUUUACAAAACCCCAACUUUUCUUGCCCUCUCACAGAGGCACGUGAACAUCGUUGUGGGUUUUGAUGAUGGGAGCAUAGGGAUAUACACGGUCGUGGACCGCGUAGAUGCUGCACUGAAAAUUAAAAUUGCCACUUCAAAUAGCAGACAAAUUUUCAACAAUGCAGCACAGACAUCCAGGCCAAAGUGUAAUCGUUAUUGUUUUAAAGUGUCUGUGGAUUGCUUAUGGAGAGAGUCCACUGAGGUCUUUGCAAGAGACAGUCCCAUCACGGUGAGUGACUCCAAUGAACCCAGUGAGGCCACGCCCUCCAAGAAACACAAUUCUUGCUAUGACCGGGUGUGCUCUGCCCUGGAAUCCAGGGGCCACAGCUAUGCCCCUGACAACUGACACAGUGUUUUUCCUGCUCAGCAGAAAUACAUGGUACAUGUACAAAAGAAAAACAAAGUAUCUUCUGUAUCCCAAAUGAAUAAGCUACUCGUUUCUUAAAAGACAGGAAAGAUGGGGGAGUUCCAGUGUUAAUUAUUAACACGAUCGUGAAAUGUAUAGAAGUGAGAUUAGUUUUGAGCUUGGUCUUUUUGUCAAAGUUUAUCUGGGAAUGAAGUCUUGACAGAACUUCUAGAAAUUGUAUUUAAAUGGCUGCAUCACCUGGAAGUUAGACGAUAGUGGUAAAAUUAGCUGUGUGGGACGAAGCAACAUAACAUUCGAUUGGUUCAGAUGACAGAGGCUAGAGACCAUUUGGACUGGAAUUGGUUCUGUAGAACUCGGUUGAAAUCGUGAACACAAUGAGUUGACUUCAGAUGAUUGUGCGGCCAUGAGUAAACACAGCCUUAAUCUCUCCUUACACUUUAUAAUCCUGACAACUGUGUAAACCCAGUCUGCAGAUGGAAGGUCCAAAGGUGCAAACUAAUGUAACAAAAAUGCCCAGAUGUGCUCCCAGUUUCCCAAGAGAAAGGACGUGAAAUGUGAGGCCACAGGCUGGGCUGGGACAAGAACUGACUACCACUAUCAUAGGGCUACUGAACACGCAGAGUCAGUCUUCAUUAAAAUACAGUUUCAACAGUUGCAUGCAAGGGUUUCUGUAUAACGGAAUAUGUGAUUUUUAAACUAUUUCCUGGGCUGGA